CGCAUCCUUCGGGAUUCGUAGACGGGAAAACUGGACUGCGUAAAUAACAUCUUAAUCUUGGUUGUGUUUCCUGUUGAAGCCAAUCACCCAUGUUUUGCUUUUUCUUUUCUUUCUCUUAGUUCCCUGUGCUGGCGUUGUACGAGAUUGAGGCAUGUUUCCGUCCUUGCUUCAGCCCUGGGCCAUCGCUCUAGCGUGGAUAGGUUAUCUGGUGGCACUGGUUGUGUACCGAUUAUGGUUGUCCCCAUUGGCCAAGUUUCCAGGCCCCAAGUUGGCUGCAAUUACGUUAUGGUACGAGCUGUACUAUGAUAUCUACUGUUCUGGCCAGUAUACAUUUCAAAUCAUCAGGAUGCAUGAAAAAUAUGGGCCCAUCGUACGCAUCAGCCCUUGGGAACUCCAUAUCAGCGACCCCGAUUACUAUGAAGUUCUAUACUCUCGAGAUAGCCCACGAGAUAAAUAUGAGUAUUAUACGAGACAGUUCGGACUUACCAAGACGGCCAUGGCGACCGUGGAUCAUUAUCACCAUCGCCUCCUCCGCUCCAACAUGAACCCUUACUUUGCAAUAGCUCGCAUACGGAAGCUAGAACCUCUGAUUCAGUCUUUGGUGAACAAGCUCUGCGAUCGUCUAAGAGAAUACAAAGGAACUGGGUAUUCGAUCACUCUCCAAUACCCCUUUACCUGUUUUGCAACUGAUGUUGUCUCGGAUUACACCAUGGGUGUGGGAUUCCACUACCUCGAUGAACCGGAUUUCGUUCCUCAGUGGAGCAAGACAUUAAGUGGAAUUGCAAAGUCGAGUACCUACAUCAAGCCGUUCCCCUGGCUUGUCACCGUGUUUAAUGCUCUGCCGGAAAAGUGGUUGUCAUGGGUGAAUCCCGAAAUGGACUUAACGUUCCAAUUUCAGCGUCGCUGCCGUGAUAUGAUAAGGUCGAUCACGGAGGAGCAAAACGCCAACGGAUAUGAUAAGGUCAAAGGUCAAUUCAGUCACCCUACCUUCUUUCACGAUGUACUAAAUAGUGAUCUUCCACCGGAAGAAAAAUCACCAGAGCGCCUGUGGCAGGAAGUCCAAGUCGUGAUCGGGGCAGGGGCUGAAACUACUGCCAAGGCGUUAACUUGGACGAUAUUCUACCUUCUUCAUAACCCAGAGAAACUAGAGAAGUUGAAAGAGGAACUUCAUCGGCUAGAUCCUGACCACACGGCUACGCUUCUGGAUUUUGAGAAAAUGCCUUACCUAACAUCAGUCAUGCUUGAAGGAUUAAGGCUAUCAUACGGCCUCAGCACCCGAUUACAAAGAGUUGCCCCCGAUAGAUCUCUACAAUUCAGAGAAUGGUCUAUCCCAGCAGGGACUCCUGUUGGUAUGACAAGCACAUUAAUGCAUCACGAUGAAAGAAUAUUCCCGGAUUCAUAUAAAUUUAUCCCCGAGCGUUGGAUGGACACGGCACACCGGAAAUAUUUAGAGAAGUACCUGGUCGCUUUUACCAAAGGGUCCAGGCAAUGCCUUGGCAUGAACCUUGCCCGAUCUGAGAUACUCCUUGCGCUUCCCAAGAUCCUCAGGGAGCUAAACUUUGAGUUGUACGAAACUACAGUUGAUGAUGUGACGCUUGCGCAUGACCUCUUCCUGCCAUUCCCGAGGAUGGAUAGCAAAGGAGUGCGGGUCUUAGUGAAGUAGCUCUAGGGUAGAUUCUAGAGGACCUCUUCGCGUUUCCCUCGGUACCUAAACGAUCCGGUAAACAAAAUAUUCAAUUUUCCGGAUGCCAGCGUAGGGACGCGUUAAGCAGUCCAUGAGGCCUCAAACACCACUACUCUUGGUUCAACUCUUCAUCGCGAUUGCAGCUUGUCUCUGCCGGCAUGCAGACUCGAUCGGACUA